CUUCAUUCUUGAAUGUAAAAACGGCUGAUAUUUGCAACAGAAAAUUUUGAACGAUGAUUUCGAUAUUUUUAUCGAUUUAUUAACCUUCAAAAUUGGGAAAAGUUUUAGUUUUGGCACAAAAUUUCAUCAAGUGAAAUGCAUUCAUCAUGUCAAAUCAUAUACUCUUCAAUUAAUUUUAACAUCUAAGAUGUUAAAAAAAAGGCAAAAAUACUUUCUGAAUCAAAAUGUUCGGAGAACUAGUUAAUAAGAUAAGCAACUGGGUUUCUUCGACUCAUAAAACAAGCAAUCUUGUCAAAAAAUCUGUUCCUCAGAGUAUAAAACGAAAUAUAAGAUCUCCAGUUAACUUCGAAAUAGCCCAGAGAAAUGAUUUCAUUCCAGUCUCCACUUUUCACUCAAAAAAUCUUCAGAAACAAAAAAAUAUGAACACAUUUUUGAAUAUUAGGUCAAAUAUGGAAAAAAAUUCAGUGAUUAAUUAUACUACUUUGCCUGGAACUUGGAAGAAUGAAAAUUCUAAAGCGAAAAUUAAUGAUCCUAAACGCUGUCAUUCAGUGCUAAUUCCUAAUGAACCUGAACCUCCUUACAGAUCUCAUCAUUGGAAAGCUAAAACUGUAUUUCGUAGCGAGCCAGAUUCACCUUACAGUAAGUGCACCAAAUCGUCGCAAUUUCAACAAUCUAAUAUGAUUGGAGAUUGUUCAAAAGACUUUGGAUUUUUAGGGAACUCUAAACAUUUUAAGAAAGAAAUACUAAAAGGGAAAAACAUUGAUCCGUCAGGAGUUUCAGAUUUAGUAGAUUUUUUUCUUCUUUCACAACCAACUUGUUCACAUCCUGUAGAGGACAAAGAAUUAAUUAAAGAAAAUAUGAGCAAGCAAAAUUGUCUAUCAUCAAAACUCGGUUUUAAAUCUUCGGAUAAAGAAAGUAAAGAAAAAUAUGAGCAAUUAGCAGAAUCGCGACUAAUAUCCAAAGAAAAGUCAAGUUUUAGAGAUCGAACCUCAAAAUUUGAAAAAUCGAAGAAAAAAGGUGUUUAUGAGAAGGAUAAUAAAUCUUCGCAAAUUUCAGACUCGGGAGGACCAUGGUUAUAUUCUCCACCAUUAUGUUCACAUCCUGUAGAAUCGAAAGAAUUAAUUAAAGAAAAUCUGAGGGAGAAAAAUUCUUUAUCAUCAAAAUCCAGUUUUAAAUCUUGUGAAGAAAGAAUAGAAAAAUGUCACCAAUUAGCAAAAUCGCGACUUUUUUGUAAAGAAAAGUCAAGAGAUCGCAGCUUAAAGCUUAAAGAAUCGAAAAAAGAGAAUAAGGGUAAAUAUUCGAAAGAGAAUACACCACAAAUUUUAAGCGUUGGAGAAUCAUGGAUUUUUUCAGCACCGCCUAGUUCACAUCCUGUGGAGUUUAAAGAAUUUAUUCAAGAAAAUCUAAAGCAGCAAAUUAGUUUAUCAUCAAAAUCCAGUUUUAAAUCUUCGUGUUUAGGAAGUAGAGAAAAAUGUCACCAGUUCGCAAAUUCGCUACCGAUUUCUAAAGAAAGCUCAAGUGCUAGAGACCGAAGCUUAAAGCUUGAAAAAUCGAGGAGAGAGAAUAAAAGUAAAUAUAGGAAAGAGAAUCCGCCACUACAAAUUUCUGGCGUUGGAGAAUCGUGGAUUUUUUCAACACCACCUAGUUCACACCCAGUGGAGCUUAAAGAACUCCCUAAAGAAAAUCUAAAGGAGCAAAUUAGUUUAGCAUCAAAACCCAGUUUUAAAUCUUCGUGUGCAGAACGUAAAGAAAAAUAUCAACAGUUUCCAAAAUCGCUAUCUACUUCCAAUGAAAGGUCAAGUGCUAGAGACCGAAGCUUAAAGCUUGAAAAAUCGAAGAAAAAAAAUAAAAGUGAAUGUGCGAAAGAGAAUUCGUCACCAAAAAUUUUAGGCGUUGGAGAAUCGUGGAUUUUUUCAACGCCACCUAGUUCACAUCCUGUGGAGUGUAAAGAAUUCAUUAAAGAAAAACUGGAGCAGCAAAGUUGUGUGUCAUCAAAAUCUGGUUUCAUAUCAUCAUGUGAAGAAAGUGAAGAAAAAUUUCAUCAAUUUGCAAAAUCGUUACCAAUUUCCAAAGAAAGCUUGAGUUCACAUCCCGUGGAGUUAAAAGAAUACACCAAAGCAAAUUUAAAUCAGAAAAAUGGUUUAUUAUCAAACUUCAGUUUUAAACCAUCGUAUCCAGAAAAUAAAGAAAAAUGUCACCAGUUAGAAAAGACGCUACCGAUUUCAGAAGAAAACGCAAGGGUUAAGGAUCAAAGCUUAAGGCUUAAAAAGUCGAAGAAAAAGGAUGAAAGUAAAUAUGCGACAGAGAAUCCGUCACCAAAGAAUGUAGGCGUUGGAGAGUCAUGGAUUUUUUCAACACCACCUAGUUCACAUCCUGUUGAGUUUAAAGAAUUGAUUAAAGAGAAUCUGAAGAAAGAAAAUGCUUUACCACCAGUAUUCAAUUAUAAAACUUUAUGUAAAAGCUGUACAAAUAAACCCGAUAAAGAAGUAGAAAAUAAGGAGAGUAGCAAACCAGAACGAAGACCAAAUUCUUGCAGAUACGAGUCGAAGACACCAAAGAUAGAUCUUGAAUUAGGAAGAAAACUAACUGUACACGAGGCAAUUGAAUCUGUUCCUAAUAUUACCACGCAUGGAAGUUGCUAUUGUCGAAAACCACCAAACGAAUCUGAUAUGUUGGAUAUUACGAAGUUAAGGCCAAAUAGCUCCGCUGUAAAAAAUCAUAUAAGCAAGUGUCCGAGCGACGCGAAAAUUCUGAUUGUUGAUGAUUCUCCAGAAAAUCUUGAGUCCGAAGAAAAAAAAAUUUCCUCAUUAGAAAAUACGAUGAAAGUUAAAAACCCAAAAUUGCGGAAAUAUAUUCCUAAAUAUAAGGCAUCAGGCGAUUGGAAGAAACAGAAAUAUGCACUUCAAUUACGGAUUUAUAAUUGCACAACGAAAUAUGGUGAUCCGCGUCCAUUGGAUCCUUGUCGGCCAAUUUUAAGAGAAGUUGGAUGUUCGCAAUUCAAAUUAUGUCAAAAAUAGUUUAUAUA